ACUGCUUUCUAAGUUUAACAAACGGGAACGAUGCUAGUCUCUCGGACGGUUUACCUGCAAAGGCGCCAAAGCUCAGCCAUUCAUAACUGACAAAGGAACUCUCAUUUGUCGGAAAUAUCACCCAACUAAACAGAGUUGAAUGGCACGAUUGCACAGUUUGUAUCUCUCGACGGUGGAGAACAACCGGUUUCCUAUGCGGACUAACUGGCUUGGGGUACAUCACCGUCCAUUUCCGGCGUGGACAAAGAAGACCUUUCCUUCAGCGCGGUACAAACGCCAAACAAAGGGAAUACACGACAAAGGCCUUGGUAACAACUUCACUCCCCUGUGUAAAUUGAACGCCGGUUGUAAGAGCAGAUAAGCUGCCCGCCCGGAAUUCUCUACUGUGUCCCACGUCAGUGCCGUCUCCAAUCCCGCAAUAGUGCGCAUUCUGCCAUUAUGGCGGCCACGAAUACUGCCCCACUGCAGUACUUUUACAUCGAUGCUACUGACCAGAACUUAUAUGACAACCCCCGAAACGACGUAGAUCGUUAUGCCUUCAUCAAUUUCAUGCAACAUCUACGAAAUCCCGACCGGCGUGUUACUCGCCGAGGGAGAGGUCUUUCGGGAACUUUGGUCGGGGAUCGUCCUACCGGGGCCAAUGUUCCAGAAUUAUGGAGCGGUCGAUCCGGGUAUUGGCUUCGAAAAGCGAAAGCAGAUCGCCAUCGUCGUCCUCCAAUUGACCCUGUAGCAAGACCUUCACCAUCUGUGCAAGUAACUCAGAACCAAGGUCCUCCGUCCCGGCCGGCGAGUACGGUGUCCGCUGCACCGCCACCAGCUCCAGAUCCCACGCAAGGAGCAGCCCAGCCUCCAGCUCAAGCUCCCACGCAAGGAGCAGCCCAACCACCAGCUCAAGUACCGGUUCAGGCUCCCGCUCGAGCGCCGGAAGCAGCUGAAGCCCAAGGGGAAUCACCGGAAACUCAAAUCCCAAUGAUAGAGCUAGUACGGGUCUUCAGAGAAGAAAUCUUGCCGCAGUUAGGACCGGAUAUAGUACAGCGGAUUGUGGGGCCGGCGGUACAGCAAAUAGUGCCGCUAGCAAUAGAGCAAAUAAUGCAGCAUGUGGCUCCGCAACUUCCGCAGCGCGUAGAGCAGCCAUCGAUACAGCCAACACUACAGUCCGCAGUACAGCUCGAUGCGCAGACACAAGUGCAACCACGAGAACCGCCAUCAGAGCAGCGACAAAGUGACGCGUGGCCUCGUAGCUCGAGCCUUGGGGGCGAGCUGUCACACACUCUUGCUCGUUAUAAUCCGGACGGUGCUUUUAUCUCCCCCACCAGAGGCCAACGAAGACAUAUCGCGAAACAAGUGGCUGUAAAGCGGAAUCGCGGCAAGUGGCGCUUUGCUCGCACCAUUUAUCAGUCUUCGGAUCUCAAGGCGACGAAGACUCCAUAUGGAACUCCAUGUCGGAGCGUCUGGUUGUUCGUCCAGAUCGAUCGAGGUGGAUAUAUAAAGGACCAUAUUGCCGUCAAAUCCUGGAACACUACCGAAGAUGAAUGGAGAGCGAAAUUUGAGAAUGAAAUAGCGACAUACGAACUUAUCUCGAAGACGAACUGCACGCAUUUACUGCCCUAUUCUGGCCACAGUCGCCGCAUACGCGAUUAUAAAAUCAAUCAAGACAAGGAUCCACGAGAUGAGGGAUAUAGAAGCCACUAUCUUUAUACCGCUUAUUGCACCUCUGGUGACUUGAGGGGCUUUAUAGAGGCGCAAGGAUCCAAUGAAGAGCCUAUUCCGGAGCAUCACAUCUGGUAUAUUCUGAAGGAGCUAAUUGCGGGCAUGCAGGCAUUGCAUAAAGGCGUCUGUAACAAGUCAGUCGCAAAGACCGGUACGAAUGAUGGAGAGGGGAACGAACCAGGGGAGGGAGCAGGAGAUGAAGUUGCCGAAGCGGCACACACAGCCGAUGAACCCCAUCCAAGUUUGGCAAGGAGAGCCGAGUGGAGACCACUUGUGCAUGGCGAUCUCAAUCCAGCUAAUGUCUUUGUGGGCGACAACGACCCUGAAUACCCGUUCUAUCGGAAACCUCUCCUGGCAGAUUUCGAUUUCACUUGGGUUGAGGGAGAAAGUUUCAUAGGUGGAACAUCAGGAUACAAUGGGCCUGAAAAGGCUAUGCGCACCGAUGUGCCUGGAUACUCUCUUAUUACGAAGCGUGCAGACGUCAGAUCCGAUGUUUUCUCGCUUGGAGUAAUCGCUCUCGAGCUGAUGGUUUCAUGCGAAACUAAAUUGCACAAGGAGGUGGUGCGGGGGUUCCAGAAAGCAAAUGACAGGUGGGAGCGUAAUGGACUGAACAGUGAGGAAGAAAUCAAUUUCCAUCAGCGAGCCACCGGUAUGCCCCUUAAGAACCCAUGGACCCGGAUACCGGAGAUAUAUAGCCUUGGUCUCGUCCGUCUCGUUCAACGGAUGCUUUAUAUCUCCCACAAUUCAAGACCAAAACUGGACGAAUUAGAAACAGAGAUAUUACAAAAUCUUGCACGGCAAGAGAGGCUAUUGGGCGACCGCAUCAAAGAGCCGGAGAAUGCCGCUGUUGAAGGAUUGAGGGUCCAUUACAAGUCGCGCUAUGAGGCCUUGGACGAGCCAUUCACCAGGGGCAAACUGUUCUCGCCUGCGAAGAAGCGCAAGUUUGAAGGAUACGCGAAUGAUUUCCAGAAUAAUCGCACUCCGGCCCAACGACGACGGGCUCUCUCGCAGUAUGAGAUGGUCGUGAACAAGUGGAACAACCGCGCGGCCGACCGCCGCAGUAAUGCUGCAGCACUUACAGCAGCAUGGGUUCUUAUAGAGGCUGUAAUAAAGGACGAACUCCCACGGCCCGGAAGUGGAUCCGAUCGCAACCGACUACUCCGCGGAUGUUCCAUAAUCCGUAAACGCGUCAACCCUAACGCAGCGCAAGACCAGUUCAUCGAAGACCUCGAGGACCCGCAGGAUUUCGAAAAUGAUACCGAGAGUUUGGUAACCUGCCAGGAAAAACUGCUCUUUUUGCAUUAUCUACAUUCAGUCUUAGAAGACCCAGCUGGACCCCGGGAAAAAAGCAUUCCUCGCGAUACACGGGAAGUCAUACUCCAGGCCUGCGAAUGGGGAUUGUGGAUCUUGGAGUUUGGAGAGCAGCCAUUGGAGCCGAGGAUUGAAAAUGGAUCCAAAAUGCACGACGCUGUGCUCGAUGUUAUAUGGUGGUUGCCUUCGGGUCUGCAAUGGACGCCAGAGUGAGUUACAGUCGGUCAACAGAAGCAAGCGAGGAACCACAUCAUCCAAGAUCGGGAAUAAGUGAACUGGUCAAUUGAGAAGAGCAAGAGUAGUUCACUGUACCAGAUGAACGAUGCGAUCUGCCGAGGGAAGAAAUAUCCU